CACAAACUGCAGCACCCACCCAAACUGAUAUAUGAGGAGCCCCACCAUCACUGGUCCCCUGGAGCAGCAGAUGAUGGGGAGUGAUGGUGAGCAAGAGCUUCAGUUUCAUCUCUAUCAGACUCUGCUCAUCUGAUUGCUUUGCUCCAGGGAUGUGACUGCUCUGCAUGUGUCUCUGUGUGAGAGAGUGUGUGUAGGUCAUACAGAGCAGAACUCCUCUCUGACCAUCAGCUGUUUAUGAUGAACAUGAAUACAGCUCUGCCGGAAGAGAUGCACACUUUCUGGAAGGAGACCUGUAACCAAACGAGCCCCAGCAAGAAGCCUAAACCGCCCAAGCCUCAGAAUGCCAUCACCAUUGCCGUGUCCUCUCGAGCACUCUUCAAUAUGGAUCUGGAGCAGGACAUUUAUGAGCAGCAGGGAAUGGAGGACUACCUGAACUACCAGAUCCAACACGAGAUCGAACCAUUCGCCCCUGGACCUGCAUUCCCCUUCAUCAAGGCGGUGGAGGCAGUGAAUGCUCGACUCCGAGAGCUUUAUCCAGACAGCGAAGAGCUCUUUGAUGUGGUUCUUAUGACGAGCAAUCAUGCCCACGUUGGACUCAGACUCAUAAAUUCAAUCAACCAUCACCAGCUUUUUUUAGAGCGCUUUUGUAUGACUGGAGGCAACAGUCCUAUUGGUUAUCUGAAAGCUUACCACACAAACCUUUAUCUGUCAGCUGAUUCACUGAAAGUCAGAGAAGCCAUUGAAGCAGGAAUUGCAGCAGCUACAGUGUUUUCACCUGGAAAAAUCACAGAGGUGCCGGAGACCCAGCUGCGUGUGGCCUUUGAUGGAGAUGCCGUCCUCUUCUCAGACGAGUCAGAGAGAAUCUUCAAAGCUCAUGGACUUGACAAGUUCUUCGAACAUGAGAAAGCCCAUGAAAAUAAACCUCUGGAUCAUGGGCCUCUUAAGGGUUUCCUGGAAGCUCUGGGGAAACUGCAGCAGAAAUUCUACGCCAAAGGCCAGCGCUUGGACUGUCCCAUCCGCACUUACUUGGUAACAGCUCGCAGCGCUGCCAGUUCUGGCACCCGGGCCCUCAAGACGUUGCGUUCCUGGGGUCUGGAGACAGACGAGGCCCUCUUCCUAGCAGGAGCCCCUAAAGGCCCCAUGCUGGAAAAGAUCAGGCCCCACAUCUUCUUUGAUGACCAGAUGUUCCACGUGGAGGGAGCUACAGAGCUGGGCACUGUGGCGGCUCAUGUUCCCUACGGCAUUGCCCAGAAGAUUCCUCCAAAGAAAGAUGGUAAAAAAGACACGUCAGCCAGGCAGCUGGAGUAAAUGAUGGUGUGACUCCUUUAAACGUGGCUUUUAAAACCAUUAAUGUGUACCUUUAUAACUGGUCAGAUUGGAAGCUAGAUAAAUUGGAUUGAAGUCCACAUGAACCGGAAGCUGCAACCAUUUUUUUUGUAUUGUGACGCUAGGGAUGGAGAGUCAACUCCAAAAUGCGAUUCCUCUACUCUUAAUGAACCUAGUACUGGAAUUGACACCAGGACAGGAGUCUGUUUUUUUCAAAUCCUCCUGAAUGAAUUAGUAACAUGCUACAUUUAUAAAGUUCAUUCUCUAGCACGAUGAACACUGAAGGCCCGCUUUGAAUGCAUGUGCACAUGUUUUACGCUUUUGCUUUUGAAUUUCAUGAGCACGAAACAGAAAUCUAAACAUCAAGAUAUUCUACCAAAUUCUACCAAAUUUUUAAAUAAAAAUAUAGCCAAGGCUAAGUGUUCAAAAACAGGUCUGACUCACUCCUUUUCUUACGGUGUAUGCCAUCCCAUUAACCCUUAUUGAAUUACAAUAAUGAAUAAAUUGCACAAAACAAACAAUGAUAUUUAAAAGUAAAAGUUUAAAAGUAAUAGGCUAUUUAAAAGUACAAUAACAAAAAAAUACAUUUACGAGAGAGAGAGAGAGAGAGAGAGAGAGAGAGAGAGAGCAAGGUUUUAGGUUUGUUAAUGUUUGAAUUAUUUAAGUUAAACAUUUUGUGUAGGGGGUUUAAUAUUUAAUUAGUCAUUAAAUCGAAAAGAAAAUCAAGCUAUUCAUUAUGAUUGGGCUGAGCAUCAAAAAAUAAAGAGAAAUGAAAAACCACAGAUAUGGGUCAUGUCUUGCGUGACCGUCCGCUACACUGGAUUAUUUCGUUCACUCUGGACUUAGUAUUCAAGUAUCAAAAUAUUAAGAAGAUAUUUAGACUAUUUUAUAAUAUUUUUUUAAACGUUGUUUGGGCUCAAUUGGGGUGUUUUUUUCUUUAUUAAUGAACUGCUUAAUCUUUCUAUUAAACAUUUUGAUAAUAAAUUGAUGUUUUAACUUUGUGUCUCCAAGAUUGCAAUGUAAUUUUCUAAAUUAUCCAAACUAGACAAUAGCUAAAAUAUGUUGUAAAAAAGUGUAGGCUGAUAACUAUAUUUUUUGAUUGCAGAUGAUUUACUGCUGGUUUUGUCUGACCAGAGGAGAACUGCACAAUGUAAAGCUGCAAAUGUUGACGCAGUCGCAUUGUGUAAAGCCCGAUAUUAUACAGCAUGUUUAAUUCUUGUGCUAUUUUAAGUGAAUGUUAAUGGAGUCGAUUCCAUAAACUCCAAAAUUAGGAGUCGAGAAUCGGAGUCGACUCUAAAAACCCAGAACCAAACACCCCUAUGUGACACAGUUCCAAGAGAAACAAAAUAUUAAAAGAAAACUAUGUGCGUGGCUUCUUUUUCUUCUUUGAGCCGAUUGGAUGUAGUAAAGUAGGUAUUUCAUUCAGAAAGAUCGGGAAAAGUGUUUUCGGGAAAGUUAUUACAAACUAACGGACUCUUACUCCUGCUCGCCAUUUCUGUUUGUUGUCAAAGCACUGUCAAAACUGACAGAUGGAGGGGCAUUGUUAAGCAUGUUAGCCACGCCCAAUACCUCAGACAGAUGUAAUCGGAGAAUUUAACUGAAAACAAGCAAGAAGCAAGCAUUUUCAGAUUUCGAUUAAACAUUACCAGGGCAAACAACUUUUUUUGUUUCUUAAUGACAUGCACCGAUGAAUUGUUCAUCCCAAAACUAGCAAUGUGAGCUAACAAAAUCAGUAUGGUUCGUUUUGAAUUCAUGUGUACUUUAAACACAAUUCCAACUUCCAAAAAUGGCUAGUUACAGACUCUCUGCACUGAUCAGAGCAGCUUUGAGUUUUAUUUAAAUUUACAUUUAAUAAGCCAUGAUAAAAAGAGAAAGAAAAAAUAAUGGUUCCAAAAUGUGGGCUUCACUACGAUGCCUUUCAGCAAACAGUUCCUAAUAAAAAACAACUUUGUGUGAGUGUGUGUGGAGCAUUUUAAAAUUCUAAAGAACAUUGUGUGCAAUUGAAAGGUUCUGUGGGUGUGAAGCAUUCUUUACUGAACUAUACAUGUCCAUACGAAUUUUAUUUUUAAGAGUGUGUUAGGUUUAAUUGUAACAUUUAAAUUAUUAUGCCAUAGUCUAUCUUUUUUGAAACCUAAAUGCACCAAAUGUUGUGUUGAAUAUCAUGAAUAUCACUGUUAACACUACUUUAUAUUGUAAUAGCCUUGUUUUGAAUGUCUAUUUCUGUGAUUGUUUAAUGUGAAGGGCUGCUACACUAUGUAUUGUAACCUUUAUUUGUGUACUGUAUGUAUGUGCAUUACACAGUGUUUAUUAAUUAACAAGUCAUGUAUAGAUUUGUUUCAGCUGUUGCUGUUUGUUACCUCUACAGUAUGGAUGUGAAAUCUUUGUGUUACUCAGGGCAUGUUCAAGUAAACGUUUUGCACUGAAUCCUGAAGAAUAAAUACAAACUGUUGAAAA